AUGAUAGUCAAGGAGAAGCGGCGCUACAACGUGAAGAUCAUCUCCGACAAGAGCGCCGUCCAGGAGAAGGGGUUUUCCCGCAUUCCCGACCAGGAGCCCUCGCAGUUUUUCAGUCUGGAGGUCUUCAACAAGGACGGCUGGCGCCAUGACUAUAUGCUGAGGGCGCAGCGCGAUGGGAGGGACUUCUACAGUACAGCUGGGGCUAUGGACACCGAUGAGAAGCGGAAGGAGAUGGCAGAUUUACUGCAAAAACCCCGGAUCUCCAAUGAAAAACCGAAACGCCUAGCCACGCUGCCGCGGCUGAUCCUGGGCGAUGACGGUGACCUGCCAUAUAUCGACCUGAUGGAGGGCCUCGACUCGAGUGGCAACGACUUUGUGGCCGCCUGCGUCUGGAAUAUGACGGCCGGCAGUGGAACGGACAUUCUCUAUAACACUGAGUACUUGGGCGCAUAUCUGAAGGAUGGAAAGAAGUCGCUGGGCGACGCCUGGGAUAGUGACAACCCGGAGAAGUGCCAAGAAGCGGAAGCUGUCGUAGGGCUGCACACCGACGAGCGCGUCAAGUUUCGCCACGUGCACGAGGGAAAGUACACCGAGUGGUCGGCCAUUUGGAAGGUCAAGGAGUCCGAGGUGGAGAAGGCGGACACCAUCGUUUGUGUGCUCAUCGUGAAAGAGAAAAACCGCUUCAACGUGAAGGUGGUCGGCGAAAAGGGGACGUUGAUGGAGAAGGGCUUUGCCAGGUACCCCGACCAGGAGGCGUCUCGGUAUUUUGUGCUCGAAGUCUUCAAGCACCCCGGCUGGAAGCAUCACUACCUGCUGAGGGCUCAACGCGACGGAACGGCAAGC